CGAUGCAAGAAUUUCCGGGCACCUAGAGAGUAGAUUAACUUGUGUUUGGAUAACUUUUCUUUUUAAAAAAGAAAAAACAGUGCAGGUAAAAGAUUUUCCAUAAAUCCACUUCAGAAUUCAAUCACCAUAAGCAAGAAGGCAAGCAUCAUGGAAGACCCAAUUCUUUACUUUUUUCUUUCCCUUCUCAUCCUCCUAUUUGCUUUCAAAUUUUACCAAUCAAGAACAUGUCCAGGUAACCUCCCUCCAAGCCCACCUGCACUUCCAAUCAUCGGUCACCUCCACCUACUAAAACCACCCAUGCACCGCACUUUCCUCACUCUAGCUCAAAAAUACGGCCCAAUCUUCUCCCUCCGAUUUGGCUACCGCCUGGUAGUUGUUGUCUCAUCACCAACAGCCGUCGAAGAAUGCUUCACCAAGAAUGAUAUUAUCUUAGCUAACCGUCCGAAAUUACUAGUGGCCAAAUACGUAGCCUAUAACAACACCACCAUGACUCAGUCCUCCUAUGGUGAUCACUGGCGGAACCUCCGUCGAAUUGGGUCCAUUGAGAUAUUCUCAACAAAUCGUCUAAACACGUUUCUAGGCAUCCGAAGAGACGAAAUCAAGAGACUACUCUUGAAACUAUCCCGGGACUCGGUUCAAGAUUUUGUAAAGGUAGAGUUGAAAUCAAUGUUUAAAGAUCUAACGUUUAAUAUUAUAGUGAGAAUGAUUGCAGGGAAGAGGUUUCACGGGGAAGAUGUGAGUGACGACGAAGAGGCAAGACAGUUUAAGGAUUUAAUUGGCGAGAUAACGAAGUAUGCAGGAGCUUCAAAUCCAAGGGAUUUCUUGCCAAUCCUGAAUUGGAUUGAUGGUGGUAUGUUUGAGAAGAAGAUGAAAAAGCUUGCCGAAAGGACUGAUGGAUUCUUGCAAAAAUUGAUUGAUGAACAUAGAAGCAAGAAAGAAAAUUUAGAGAGUAUGAAUACUUUGAUUGAUCAUCUUCUUUCUUCGCAAGAAUCAGAACCUGAGUACUACACGAAUGAGAUUAUCAAAUCGAUUAUGAUUAACUUGCUAUUUGCGGGAACAGACACAUCAGCAGUAACACUAGAGUGGGCAAUGACCAACCUACUAAACCAUCCAAGCACAUUAAUGAAGGCAAAAGAUGAAAUAGACAGCCAAGUUGGCCGGGAUUCCUUACUAGAUGAACCUGAUCUUUCCAGGUUACCAUACCUUCGAAAUAUAGUCCUUGAAACCCUUCGAUUAUACCCAGUGGCUCCGCUCCUAAUUCCCCAUGUGUCAUCUGAAGAUUGCACCAUUGGAGGAUACAAGGUGCCGCGCGAUACAAUGGUAUUGGUAAAUGCGUGGGCUAUACAUAGAGAUCCUACCCUUUGGGAUGAGCCAUUAAGUUUCAAACCUGAAAGAUUUGAUAAUGGAGAAGAAAGUGAAAGCUUUAAGCUGCUGCCAUUCGGAUUGGGAAGAAGGUCUUGUCCAGGGGCUGGUUUAGCCCAUCGUGUGAUUAGUUUGACUUUGGGGUCAUUGAUCCAAUGCUUUGAGUGGAAAAGGGUUAGUGAGGACGAAGUUGAUGUGAAAGAAGGUAGAGGACUUACUCUGCCUAAGGCUGAGCCAUUAGAGGCCUUGUGCAGAUCACACCCUAUUAUGAACAAGAUCCUAUCUCAACCUGUUUAAUCACUGAACCAGCUAUGAGCAUUUGGUUGUAUUGUAUUGUAUUUAAACGAUAUUUUUAGAUGUUACAUGUAAUGUUUUUAAUUCUAAUUUAUAUAAAUAUAGCUAAUCUAUUAACUAAUAA